CCGUCGGUAACCGCGAUGCAUUCUGAUCCAGGGAAGAGCUUUCGGAAGAUGUAGACAAAUAAGCAGCCUUUGGCGUCUUCGUAUCCGUUUGAUGUUCAGUCACUGCAGAAAGGUCGGGCUCUCCAUGGAUGAUAUGUGCCAGAAUGGGUACCUGCACUGGCUCUCCAUUGACGACGGCAACUUGCAGGUCUUCGACGGCCAAGACGGCAAGAUCGUGGACUUGAACCAGUCCCCCAACACCGCCACCCGCCUCCUCGAGCUCCUCGAGCACCAGCGGCGGAGAGAGGGGACCUCCAGCACUGGUGGACAACAGGUUACAUCAGCGGCGGCGAGAGGCGGCUCCUCGAGCUCCAGCAGCUUCGGGUCCAUCCUCCUCGAGCUCCAUUGCUGGCGAGAGGGGAGCUCCAGCAGCGUUGAAAAGUGGGCUCCAUCAGUGGCGGCGAGAAGCGGGCUCCAGCAGCGGCGACGAGAAGUGGCUCCAGGUGCCGGCAAAGCGCGGGAGGCCGUUGUCGGCGUGCGGCGUGAGAGAUCGCCGACGUGGAGGCCGUCCGCCCGCGUGCGCGAGACUCCGUUUGAUGGGCGCGCGAUUCCAGCGGCGGUCGACCGCGAGGGCGCGCGAUUCCGGCGGCGAUCGACCGCGAGGGGCGCCCGAUUCCGGCAGCGAUCGACCGCGAGGGGCGCGUGA